AUGGAGGAGGGGGAGAAGAGCCCCCUGCUACCCCUGGAUGCUGGGGGCCAGGAGCCGCCCGCCCCUACCAGCUGCUUGGGUUCCAAGAGCCAGGAAGGAUGGGCCUGGGGGGCAGGCCUGGGGGGAAGUGGGGCCCCCUCCCGGCUCUCUCUCCCGCUGGGGAGCCGCUGCCUCCAGGGCCUGAUCUUUCUGUGCAAUUUCCUGUCCUCUCUACUGGGCCUGCUGGCCCUGGCCGCCGGGCUCUGGGGCCUGGCUGUCAAGAGCUCCCUGGGGAGCAGCUGGGGGGGCCCCCUGCCUGCGGACCCCAUGCUGGGGCUGGUGCUGGGCGGGCUGGCGGUCAGCGCGGUCAGCCUGGCGGGCUGCCUGGGCGCCCUCUGUGAGAGCGCCUGCCUGCUGCGCUGCUUCUCCGGGGGCCUCCUGGCCUUCCUGGUGCUGGAGGCCCUGGCAGGGGCCCUGGUGGCGGCCCUCUGGGGCCCCCUGCAGGACGGCCUGGAGCGCGCCCUGCGGGUGGCCAUCACCCGCUACCAGGACGACCCUGACCUGCGCUUCCUCAUGGACCAAGUCCAGCUCGGCCUGCAGUGCUGUGGGGCGGCCUCCUACCAGGACUGGCAGCAAAACCUGUACUUUAACUGCAGCGCCCCCGGCAUCCAGGCCUGCAGCCUGCCCGCCUCCUGCUGCCUGGACCCCCGCCAGGGCGGCGCCUCCGUCAACCAGCAGUGCGGCCUCGGGGCGCUGCGCCUGGCGGAGGCGGCGGCCCGGGCGCGGGUGCACGUGCAGGGCUGCGGCGCGCCGCUCGGCCGGUGGCUGCGCGGGGCGGUGCGGGCGGCGGGCGGCGCGGCCAUCGCGGCGGCGCUGGCGCAGGGCGCGGAGCUGCUGGCGGCCGCGCACCUGUUGUGGGUCCUGGGCGGCCGCCAGGCGGCGCCGGGGAGCUGCAGGCCGCGCGCCCGGGCCCUGUCCGCGCCGGCCUCCCGCUGA